GCGGUAGAGGGAGUGAUUGACUUGGCAGUCUCAUGUAGGGCGCACAACUGCUAGAAAGCAAACUAUCAGACUGAUCCAUAUUAUUCUUACCUAUUGUUAUGCUCAGACUUGAGUGAAGCCGUUCUUGUGGAGGAUGGAGAGAAAGGAUGGAGGGUUCGCGCAGGUGCUGUCAGAAACUGCAGUGGAUAAUCCCACAGUUGAGUGCCAAUGGGCUACGUGCGUAGCUUUAAAGGGUGUGCAUACGACGGAUAGUCGGAGUCGCAGGCAGAGUCAUGCUCUCCACUCUGAUUUCUACACCUCUACUAUUCCGACAAUUAACUCCUCUUUACUCCGUCCACAGCAUAAGAGCCAGGAUGCCCCACCCAACGGCAUGAGAUACCACCAAUCAGGAUCUACCCAGAUGGACCUCAAUGGCAUCAACCACAAGCAGCCUCAGGAAUACACGGGGCAGUCAUUUUUCUCUUCCUUCUCCAAUUCCAUUCCACGCCGAAUCCACCCAUUGAGAGGGGCCGGCAAUCACAAACAGAACCAAUGGUUCUUGCAGGAGGCUGCCGAUGGCUUCGUGGGUGGUGGGAACGAUCGUCUGUGGCUUACUUUCGUGACGAGGGAGCAGACGAAAUGCUUCUUUAGCAGACUGUGUAUGAGUCAAUGGGCAGAAAAUGGCAUCAUCUGAUCAGACCAUAUUAUUUCUUAUUGUAGCAUAUAUACCGAAAAUUGAAACAAUAGCCGACAACUGGCCCGAUCAACAAGCCCCAAAAUCGUCUCUAC